UAGUCUUUAAUGAAAUUCGCUCGCGUGCACAGCUCUUGAGUCGCCGAUUGGAUCUGGCUGCAAUACGGGCUUACAAGUUUGUCUGGCUACCAUAGGAGAUCUUGAAAAAAGUAAAGCGCUAAUCAACUGUUGUGGGGCUUUUUGACCAAAAGUCAAGGUUAUCAAAACUGCACAAGUCAAGAAUGGGACUACAUAAUCUAGCUUGGGCCACAAUAGCCAUUGUGUGCAUCUCCUGUGUGUGUGCCGCUCCACAGCAAGCGACAAAUGUGGAAAAAAAUAUUCAGGAAAUAUUCAAUACAAAUCCCGGUGUACCGAAUCAGCCGGCACGCGGUGGCUUUGCGGAAGUGGUGACACCCGUGCCCGUGGAUCCAUCGAGUCCACUGAUUGAUUUUACCUCCAUCAGUGGCAAGACGGCAGAUUGUAACUGCGUGCCUUACUAUAUGUGCGAUCCAUCGACGAACAGCAUUACGGAAGAUGGUUCAUUUGAUGGCUUUGGAGUCAUUGACAUUCGCUUUGGCGAUGAUGAUCCUGUUUGUCCCUCAUCGGUGGACGUUUGCUGUGCCGGCAAUCGCACACGGCAAGAGGUUCUGAACCCAACGCCUUUGGAAAAGCGACCAAACCAGCCGCGAGGCUGUGGAAUUCGCAAUGUCGGUGGACUGGAUUUCACACUGUCUGGUGCCACGCAAAACGAAGCCGGUUUCGGCGAGUUCCCCUGGACUGUGGCUCUUCUGCAUGCCAACAAUUUCAGCUACUUCUGUGGUGGCUCACUCAUCCACCCACAAGUGGUGCUCACGGCAGUGCACUGUUUACUCGCUCAUGCGCCGGGCACAUUCCUAGUCCGAGCUGGCGAAUGGGAUGCACAAACUACCAAGGAGCGUCUACCUUACCAGGAGCAAACGGCACAGCGUAUCAUUUUGCAUCCGCAAUACAAGGUCAGGAACGUUGCCAAUGACUUUGCGCUCGUUAUCCUUUCACAGCAGUUCACAUUAGACGAUCACAUCAAUGUGGUUUGUCUACCUGCCCAGAGCGCGGCCGCUGCAGCCGGUACCACUUGCUUCUCUACCGGCUGGGGUAAGGACGUCUUUGGAGCCGCUGGCAAGUACAGCGUUAUUAUGAAACGUGUACCGCUGCCCGUCGUCGAUUUCAGCAGCUGUCAAUCACAGCUGCGUAAUACGCGACUCGGGCCCAAAUUCGCCUUGGAUCGUUCGUUCAUGUGCGCCGGCGGUCAACGGGGUGUCGACACCUGUCAAGGUGAUGGUGGUGCGCCGCUUGCGUGCCCAAUCGGAUUGCCAUCCGAGAAUCGCUAUCAACAAAGCGGCAUCGUGGCCUGGGGUAUUGGAUGCAACGAUGCAGUGCCCGCGGCCUACGCCAACGUUGCCUUUGCUCGUGAUUGGAUCGAUCAGCAAAUGCUGGCCAAUGGCUUCGGCACGACUACAUAUACAGCCUAACAUGCUUGGGAUAGUAACAAAGUCAACUUAAAUAAUAAUAAAAAUGUUAGAAAUCUACAAUUCUGACCUUAAAGUAAAACGUAA